AUGGAGUUUAAUAAUACUUUCAACGACAGUAAUUCAUCUACCGAAAUUAAUGACGACACAGACGACGACUUGGAAGAUAUUAUUCCAUCUAGUCCAGUACAAUUUUGGACAUUUCUCAUUUUUCAAAUUCCAUCUCUUGCUUGCACAGUCUUUCUUCUCUUUCAUUUAUUAUCCGAUCGAAAAUUACGUACAGCAUUAAAUAAUCAUAUUGUUAUUAUUUUACUUCUUCUUACUCUUUGUAUUGAAAUAUUCGAUAAUCCAUUGUAUAUGGAUGCUUAUCGUUUGGGUGGAUAUAGAAACUCAUUUCCCUUGACACCAUCUAUUUGUCUUAUGUGGUGGCUGAUUGAUUAUGGAUUUUAUGGUGCUAUAUCAGUAUUUCUUGCAUGGGGCUCAUUUGAACGGCAUAUUCUUAUUUUUCAUCAACAGUUACUUCGAACUCAAAAACAAAAGUUCUUCAUCCAUUAUCUUCCUCUAAUAAUCAUUUCAAUCUACAUUUUUGGAUUCUAUAUAUUUGUGAUAUAUUUUCCACCGUGUGUUAAUACAUUUGAUUACACAUCACCAUCAUGUGGGUCAUCUCCAUGUUAUGAAGAUAUAUCUUAUUUGAAUGUAUGGGAUUAUUUAGGAAAUGGCAUUUUUUGUGCAUUUCUUGAAACAAUAUUUAGUGUUGGACUAUUAGCACGAGUUCUAAUACAGAAACAUCGUGCUCAUCAACCAAUCAAUUUGCGAAAACAUCGAAUGAUGACAAUUCAACUCUUAUCAGUAUCAUGUUUAUCAUUGACAAUAGUUUUUCCUCAAUCAUUAAUUAUUGUUAUAAGGCAAAUUGGUGGAGAAAACAUGAGUGACUUUGCAUCUGGUGUUGACCCAUAUUUAUUUUAUUUAUAUACAUUUGUGGUAUUUCUAUUACCAUUUAUAUGUCUUGGGACUUUAUCUGAAGUUUCGAAAAAACUAUGGAUCUUUAAUAAAAAACGUCGAAAUAUUGGUCCAAUGGCGAGAAGGAAUGCAGUAUGUGUACAUUCGUUUGAAGUGAGACCAAAACCAAAUUUACCUAUUGUACAAUAG